AUGGUGCAUGUGGUGGGUCCGAAGAACCAUCUGAGGCUCUGGCCAGACGAGCCGGCCGAAGAGUGGCGCAGGUCUAUCCGGGAUGUGCCUCUGGAGGAGAGGAGAACGCCAAGGUCAUCAACCUUUCCGUCGGAUGAUGCGGUGACGUUCGAUCCCGAGUGCCAGAAGCGAAGUCGCAAAAGUGGUGAGAACACCCCGAGCACUGUGGAUACCCCAGGGUCGCGUCGUCUGAGUGACCAGAGCACCACUGGCUCUGUGGAAUCGCAGAUGGAAGACGACGCAACCACACCAUGCAUCAUUCAGUCGCAAUACGACACUGAGAUGCCAAGCGUGAAGCAACCCGAGGGGACUUCGUUGUUGGCCAUGCUGUCCAGCCGUGCUCCUUCCGGUUUCGAGCCCGGUGGCAAUUGGCGCUGGUGCGCGUAUGUGGAAAUGGAGUUUCUGUGGCAGGCGCUGCAAGAAGCUGAGAAGCGCGCCCAACAGUUCAAAUCCAAGUAUGAGGACGCGUGCCACAAGCACGUCGAGCUGGAGACCGCAAACAAUAAGCUGACGGAUCUGGUCGCAGCGCUGGAGCAGGAGCUUUGCCAGAGAGAUGACGAGCUGCUUGAUGCCAAGGACUCCUUGAUGUCCCAGUCCGUACAGUGCCGUGCCCUCCAAGAAGAGUUGCAGCAAGCGAGUGGGGCAUGCAGCGGCGCUCGCUGCAGUAUGGAGAAGCUCCAACACGAGUAUGAAGGCUCAUGUCAACGACUGGAAUGGGCCGAGACCCAAAACAACGAGCUGACGGUGCUGGUGGCGGCCCUGCAGCAACAGCUUUGCCAGAGAGAUGACGAGCUGUUUGAUGCCAAGGACUCCUUGAUGUCCCAGUCCGUACAGUGCCGUGCCCUCCAAGAAGAGUUGCAGCAAGCGCGUGGGGCAUGCAGCGGCGCUCGCUGCAGUAUGGAGAAGCUCCAACACGAGUAUGAAGGCUCAUGUCAACGACUGGAACGGGCCGAGACCCAAAACAACGAGCUGACGGUGCUGGUGGCGGCCCUGCAGCAACAGCUUUGCCAGAGAGAUGACGAGCUGUUUGAUGCCAAGGACUCCUUGAUGUCCCAGUCCGUACAGUGCCGUGCCCUCCAAGAAGAGUUGCAGCAAGCGCGUGGGGCAUGCAGCGGCGCUCGCUGCAGUAUGGAGAAGCUCCAACACGAGUAUGAAGGCUCAUGUCAACGACUGGAACGGGCCGAGACCCAAAACAACGAGCUGACGGUGCUGGUGGUAUGA